AUGGGGUCUGUUUCUAACCAGCAGUUUGCAGGUGGCUGCGCCAAGGCGGGCGAAGAAGAGCCCAGCGGGGAUUCGCCCAGGCCGGACGAGGACAGCCAACCGCUCUUGCAUGGCGCCGGGAUCUGUAAAUGGUUCAACGUGCGGAUGGGCUUCGGCUUCCUCUCCAUGACCACCAAGGAAGGCGUCGCCCUCGAGUCCCCCGUGGACGUUUUCGUGCACCAGAGCAAGCUCCACAUGGAAGGUUUCCGCAGUUUGAAAGAAGGAGAAGCAGUUGAAUUCACUUUCAAGAAAUCCUCUAAAGGUUUGGAGUCCAUCCGAGUCACUGGCCCUGGAGGAGUUUUCUGCAUUGGCAGCGAAAGGAGACCGAAGGGAAAAAAUCUUCAGAAACGCAGGUCGAAAGGAGAUCGAUGCUACAACUGUGGUGGCCUGGAUCAUCAUGCCAAAGAAUGCAAGCUCCCUCCGCAGCCUAAGAAAUGCCACUUCUGCCAAAGCAUUGCCCACAUGGUGGCCAACUGUCCAAUCAAAACGCAGCAGUCGCCCAGUUCUCAGGGAAAGCCCACGUACUUCCGGGAGGAGGAAGAAAUGCACAGCUCACCCUUUCUUCCUGAAACCAGGGAAUGAUCUCUGGAAAUCAGUAGGAAAUCUGCCCAGUUGACCGGCUUCAGGGCAUCAAGUCAGCCAAAAUGGGAGCAGAGAACAGCAUUGGCUCCAAGCUAUGAGUGAACAAGCACUGGGCAGGAGAGCAGCAGCUUUUAUCUUUAGCAAAGGCAAAAACUUGAGUGGAAGGGGGAAACCCUUUUUCUCCUUUUAGUGGGUGGGGAAUCUAAGGAAUCCCUUUCUUAAUCAGUUUUGUGAAAUUGGAAGAAAAAGCCAAAGGUACCUUCGUGAGCUUGGCUUUCUUCACCAAUCCGAGUGAAGAUCAAGAAAAUGCAAAAAACAAAAAACAAAACUAAAGUUAUGGAUCUCAGGAUGUGUUUGUACUUGAGUUAAAUGUGUUUGUGUGUCUGUGUCUCUCUGUGUGUAUAUGUCAUUGCUACACAUUGACAAGACCAUUGGAAUUGAAAUAAGAUAACUGGCAGGCUCCCCUCUCUUAAGACAAUCCGAGGGUCAAGGAAGGAAGAGUCCCACUUUAGAAGUCUUUAGGGACACCGACUCCCCAAACUGCCUGCCCCAUGUUUUCUUAACAGAAAAUAACUGAAUCCCCUCUAUUUUCAUAUCUGAACUGGGAUUCAUUUGUUGUUAGGGAGAAGUAAGAGCCACAUGCUUUUAGAUGUUUAUGGGAUCUGAAGGAAUAUUGGCAGGCGCAGGAAUCUGAUUUCUGCCAAAACAAACCUGAAGGAUUAGAUCUGUUUAACUUCUGUGCUAUUAACGUCUAUAGCCAUGCUCCUUCCUGCAGGU